AUGUCGGAGGCGGGCGGGCCCGCGCCCGGGGCGCCCCCGCUGCCCCCCGCGCCCGCGCAGGGCCCCCCGGGCGCGACGGCCGGGGGCGCGGGCUCCUGCGGGCCGGCCGCGGCGGGGGCGGCGGCGGGCGCGGCCGAGGGCCCGGGCGGCGGCUGCUCGGCCCGGAUCGCCGUGAAGAAGGCGCAGCUGCGCUCCGCCCCGCGGGCCAAGAAGCUGGAGAAACUCGGGGUGUACUCCGCCUGCAAGGCAGAGGAAUCUUGUAAGUGCAAUGGCUGGAAAAACCCCAAUCCUUCGCCCACGCCCCCCAGAGCCGACCUGCAGCAGAUCAUCGUCAGCCUCACGGAGUCCUGUCGGAGCUGCAGCCACGCCCUCGCGGCUCACGUGUCGCACCUGGAGAACGUGUCCGAGGAGGAGAUGAACAGACUGCUGGGGAUCGUGCUGGAUGUGGAGUACCUCUUUACCUGUGUCCACAGGGAAGAAGAUGCCGACACCAAGCAGGUUUAUUUCUACCUGUUCAAGCUCUUGAGGAAGUCUAUUUUACAAAGAGGAAAACCUGUGGUUGAAGGUUCUUUGGAGAAGAAGCCCCCUUUUGAAAAACCUAGUAUUGAACAGGGUGUGAAUAACUUUGUACAGUACAAAUUCAGUCACCUGCCACCCAAAGAAAGGCAAACGAUCGUUGAGCUGGCAAAAAUGUUCCUGAACCGCAUCAACUAUUGGCACCUGGAGGCACCAUCUCAGCGAAGACUGCGCUCUCCCAACGACGACAUCUCUGGGUACAAGGAGAACUACACCAGGUGGCUGUGUUACUGCAACGUGCCCCAGUUCUGCGACAGCCUGCCGCGGUACGAGACGGCCCAGGUGUUUGGGAGGACGCUGCUGCGCUCUGUCUUCACUGUGAUGCGGCGGCAGCUGCUGGAGCAGGCGAGGCAGGAGAAGGACAAGCUGCCGCCGGAGAAGCGGACUCUGGUCCUCACGCACUUCCCGAAGUUUCUGUCCAUGUUAGAAGAAGAAGUUUAUAGUCAAAACUCUCCCAUCUGGGAUCAGGAUUUUCUCUCAGCUUCUUCCAGAACCAGCCAGCUUGGAAUCCAAACAGUUAUCAGUCCACCUCCUGUGGCCGGGACAGUUUCCUACAAUUCGAGCUCCGCUUCCCUUGAGCAGCAGAACGGAGGGAGCACCAGCCCAUCCUGUCGAGGCGCGUCCGGGCUUGAGGCAAACCCAGGAGAAAAGAGGAAAAUGAGCGACUCCCAUGUUUUGGAGGAGACCAAGAAGCCCCGGGUGCUGGGCGACAUCCCACCGGAGCUGAUCCGCGAGGCCAUGUCUGCCAUCACAGACCCCGCGGCGACGCUGGCGCCGGAGACCAGCUUUCUGUCGGCACACUCGGCCAGGGACGAGGCGGCCAGGCUGGAAGAGCGCAGGGGUGUGAUCGAGUUCCACGUGGUGGGCAACUCCCUGAGCCAGAAGCCCAACAAGAAGGUGCUCAUGUGGCUGGUGGGGCUGCAGAACGUGUUCUCGCACCAGCUGCCGCGUAUGCCCAAGGAGUACAUCACCCGGCUCGUCUUCGACCCGAAACACAAAACCCUUGCUUUAAUUAAAGAUGGCCGUGUCAUUGGCGGUAUCUGCUUCCGGAUGUUUCCGUCCCAGGGCUUCACAGAGAUUGUUUUCUGCGCUGUAACCUCUAAUGAACAAGUCAAGGGCUAUGGAACACACCUGAUGAACCACUUGAAGGAAUACCACAUAAAACACGACAUCCUGAACUUCCUCACCUAUGCAGAUGAAUAUGCAAUUGGCUAUUUCAAGAAGCAGGGUUUCUCCAAAGAAAUUAAAAUCCCUAAAACCAAAUAUGUUGGCUACAUCAAGGAUUAUGAAGGCGCCACUUUAAUGGGAUGUGAGCUAAAUCCACGGAUCCCAUACACGGAGUUCUCUGUCAUCAUUAAGAAGCAGAAGGAGAUCAUUAAAAAGCUGAUAGAAAGAAAACAAGCCCAGAUUCGGAAAGUCUACCCGGGACUUUCCUGUUUUAAAGAUGGAGUUCGGCAGAUCCCGAUAGAAAGCAUUCCUGGAAUUCGAGAGACAGGCUGGAAGCCGAGUGGAAGAGAGAAAAGUAAAGAGGCCAGAGACCCCGACCAGCUGUACAGCACGCUCAGGAGCAUCCUGCAGCAGGUGAAGAGCCAUCAAAGCGCUUGGCCCUUCAUGGAACCCGUGAAGAGAACAGAAGCUCCGGGAUAUUAUGAAGUUAUAAGGUUCCCCAUGGAUCUGAAAACCAUGAGUGAGCGCCUCAAGAAUAGGUACUACGUGUCUAAGAAGCUGUUCAUGGCAGACUUGCAGCGAGUCUUUACUAAUUGCAAGGAGUACAACCCCCCUGAAAGCGAGUACUACAGGUGCGCCAAUGUCCUGGAGAAAUUCUUCUUCAGUAAGAUCAAGGAAGCUGGGCUAAUUGACAAGUGACACUUCUUUCCUCUGCUUCUUAGAAACUCACCAAACAGUGUGCCUAAAGCAUGGUUUAGUUUUACAAAGAGUUGGACGUAAUGUAUUGAAGAUACUUGUAACAAUUAGCACUUUUGAAAAACAAAAAACCUCUUAGCUUUUCAGAUAUGUAUUUAAAUUGAAGUCAUAGAACAUUUCUAUUUUACGGAAUAGAUUCUAAUCUAUUUACUACUAUUAAUGUCAGUUUCCUACGGCAUGCCCAUUAGCUGAGUGUUCAGCGCUAGACGAUCGGGGGUCCCUCACAACUUGUAUAUGAGGACACUGCACACAGUACCAAGAUCUGGGGGAAUGCAGAAAAUUUUGAGACCAUGAAUGUUUCCAUUUUUUGCUAAUGGAAUGUGAGAGUUUACUUUUAUUUUAUUCUGAAGGACUUUAAAGGAAGGGAUACGUGAUAAAAAGCCCAUAGAAGGUGAAGCGUGAUGUGUGAAGGCUCAUGGUGGACUUUAUAUACAUAUUUUUAAACACUCAUCUAGACGAGGUGCUUUGAGCAGUUCUGAAAAUGCGGUUCCGGAGAAGCAGCUCCUUUGGUUUCUAAAGAAGAUUCUGAAUAAUGCAGACUUUUUUAUAAGCGUCUGGGUUUUUGAUAAUUCUGUCUACCUGCAACAAACUUGUGAGUGCAUAACCACUAUCUUAAUAAUUAUUUUCUCUACACGAGUCUAUAAUACUAUAUUUGACUUUGCUUAUGCAGGCCAUAAGUUAUAAAAGGCAAUUUCUUGGGCCACAAAGGCAUCCAUUUGAAAACACUUGAGAUUGAAUUAACAUGCUUUAAUUUAAAAAGAUGUAUAAUCUAUAUCGUGGAUCAAAUUUAGUGAAUCCUUCACUUUUUUUUACAAAUAAAGAUUUUUUUCCCCCCUUUUCUACAAUACACUCAGCCCAACUGAUAAUGUAUUUAUGGACACUUGUCCUUUGGCGUCUCCAGAUUAUAUUCAUUUUGGAGAUGAAUUCAGUUACCACCAAGACCUUCUGUCAGUAUUUUAAUGCCUGCUUUGGUACAGGGUAAUAAUAUCCCACUAAAAUCCAUCAUACAGCCUUGUUAACCUGUCUUGGGAUGCCGGCUUCAUGCUGGGAUUUAUUUCGUAAUUAACACUACACUGAAAAGUGGGACGUCUGCAACCCCAGCUCUGGGGGAACCAACUCAUACAAAGCAAACAGUGGCCAUCUUGAUGGUCUCGACACUAAUUUUUAUGAUACAAAUUUAUAAACUGAUUUUUGUAAAAGGACUAGGUUUUAAAGGUGUCUCUAACUCAGUGUUUUCUAUCAGCAUAAACUAAUCGAAAUGAUCAUUUGAUAGACAUUGGACACAGUUGCCAGCGAAUCUGCGUGAAGGAGAAAGCCUGCAGAUGGCCGUGCAGUUGGAAGGACGGUUUUAAUGUGUAAGGGACACUCAGAAUGCUCACAGCUGAGAAAUGCCUCAACUUUUUAAAGAGACCACCUUGAGUGGCGUCUAGAUUGCUAAUGAAGAAUGAUUCAGUUUGGGUCAAGUAUCUUGGACUGGUUUUAAACAAGUGCUUUGUCCUGGAUCUGCUGAAGCACCUGGCCAGCUUGGUAUCCUGUGAAACGUUUGUUAUUUUCUGGGUAGACAUUCUUAUAGAGUAUUGUCUUUAAAAUCAGAUUGUUUCUUCUAUAUUGAAAGCAUUUUUAUGUUUUCUAAUUUAAAAAUUAAUAUUUUCUUAUAGAUAUUGUGCAAUAAAGCUGAAGUAGGAUGUGUGGUUUUUGCAAAUGCUUUAACAGCGGAUAAAAUUUUACAUUUGUAAAAUUAAUAUAUUGUAUUGGUACAAAAUAGUUUUAAAUUAUAUUUUAAA